AUUGUGCAAUUCAUUUCUUAAUUUUUACUCAGGAUCUGCAAACAUGAAAUAUAAAUUAACCUGGCGUAGUAGCGUUCUGAGUCAUAAUCUUUGACUAUUAAUAUAAGCUUUUUUUUAAAUAAACGUCAGCUGUGAAAUUGCGAAUCCAAAUAAUUGGUGCAAGUAAAUCAAAGUGCAUUACUGAAUAACCUCUCAACAAAAUAACUAAGGUUGCGUCUGUUUGAACCCGAAUGUCAUGUUUGGUGUAAGUUGUUUAGAGUCAGUGAUCUAGUGUUUCAUUCAUUAUGACUUCUCCUAUAUUCAGUAGACCAGCUUCUUUAACAAGCUUGAAGUCUGUUGUAACUAGAUCUUGAUAAGCUUUUGCGCUUGAUAAUAAGAAAUGACUUUAUUUCUCUUUUUUAAGAUGAACUAUGUAAUUCAGGAAAUAUAUCUGGCGAUAUCGAGUGAAUAUACGGACAGUACCAUUUUACUUGAAAAGCUGAAAAGCACCAUAAUAAAGAGCAAACAAUUGUGUAUUCCCAGUCAUGAUAUUAAGAUCAAUAAUGAAUAUUCGGAUACUAUAAAAGGACAUAGGAAGUCGGAGAAUUGUUCUAUGCAAUCGCUUCCUCAGACCGAUGAAAAAAAUUAUGGCUUUUCUCACUCCCAACUUCAGUUAGUUUUGAGAAUGGAAGGCAUCCGAGAUUGGCUCAAUUUAAUUGCUUCAUGUGGUCUACUGAAUGAACUUGACCCACCACUUCCACGUAUUUCUUCAAUAGAAAGGCAUAUACGGAUCGGAUCUUGGAACCUUAACCGCUUCAAUUUAAGUAAAGCUAAACAUCCAGGGUUCAUGGAAGUUGUUUGCCUGACCAUUUUACGAAUGAACGUCUCAUUAAUACUGCUUCAAGAAGUUUCAGACCCUUCAGUUGCUGAUUAUCUGUGCAGUGAGCUAAAUUAUCCAUCUCUUCCCCACAUAAAACGAUGGGUUGAAAAAUUUCCUCUAUCUAUUCCACCGUACUGGAAAGCGUCAUGUUCGAUCCAACCAACCGGUUCCAUGUUCCGUGCAAAAGAGUAUGCCGUAUUUCUAUAUAAUUCGCGAUGUGGUAUUCGGAUUUCUCGGACAAGUUUAUUGGAAAAGUCUUCGAACUCAUUAUCUGUUUCAAGAAAGUCGUUUACACGCAGUCCAUGUGGAGCCUCCUGCCAUAUUCAACAUGUUAACUUAGUUCUCAUUUCAGUACAUUUGAAAGCAGGUGGAUUAAGAAAUAGUCAAAUUGGUAGGACUAUCUCGGAAAUUGAAUCUCUCGGCUAUCUUGUUCAAGCUUUUUAUGAAACACAACCUAGUGGAACAUAUCUUAUUAUAGCUGGUGAUUUCAACCUCUCCUCAACACAUGAGGCUUAUCGAGUAUUGCAUCAACAUGGUUUAUGGCCAGUACUCAAAGGUGAACAGCAAACUACUGCGAAUCAUUGUAAAUCCGGAUCUAACCAUUUGAGAGCAUAUGACAAUGCAUGGCUUUCUGCUAACCUCUCUUUGACUUCUGAAUCCACUAUUCGUUGGACUGGUGAUUCUGGUGUCAUAUUAAAAGGGCUUAGACAUCCUUUUAUUCCGGAAGAAACAAGAAGUGGUGCAAAUGGUCUUGUUAGUGAUCAUGCUCCCAUAUGGUUUGAUAUUCACUUAACGUAACAAUAACCUAUAUAUAUGUAUAAUUUUUUAUUAACAAACUUAUGAUAACGUUGUACAUGUGUACUUAAUAAUAAAGAGUAUUUAUUUUAACGACUUCA